AUGUGGGUUUUUGGUUACGGGUCCCUGAUCUGGAAGGUGGACUUCCCCUAUCAGGACAAGCUCGUCGGACGCAUCACAGGCUACAGCCGGCGUUUCUGGCAAGGCAGCACAGACCACCGCGGAGUCCCAGGCAAGCCUGGAAGAGUUGUGACUCUUAUUGAAGAUCCUGGGGGUUGUGUAUGGGGUGUUGCUUACAGACUGCCAGCAGGAAAGGAAGAAGAAGUAAAAGCAUACCUUGACUUCAGAGAGAAAGGAGGCUACAGGACCACAACAGUCAUUUUUUAUCCAAAAGAUCCCACUACAAAACCAUUCAAUGUGUUGCUAUAUAUUGGAACACAUGACAAUCCAAAUUACCUCGGUCCUGCACCUCUGGAAGAUAUUGCUGAACAAAUCUUUAAUGCAGCUGGUCCAAGUGGAAGAAAUACAGAAUACCUUUUUGAACUUGCAAGUUCUAUUAGGAAUCUUGUGCCAGAAGAUGCAGAUGAGCAUCUUUUCUCUUUGGAAAAAUUAGUAAAAGAACGUUUAGAAGGAAAACAGAACCUCGACUGCUUAUAAAGAAAUAAUCAUUGACUUUUCCAGAGAAGCAGAACUUUUAGUCUUCAAGAAUAGUUGCACUGCACAAUGACAAUAUGAUUUGGAAACAUAUUUACUUGAAGAUCUUAUUUUUAAUGUUGUAGUCAAGAUAUCAUCAAAAUUUAUAGUUAAUUCCAAGUGUCCUGAAAUACAUAUAUAUUCAAAGUAUAGGGUAUAGUUCAAGAAAAAAAAUGUAAUUUUUAAUAAUAUAAUGAUCUCCUAACUGUAUAUUGAACACUUGAUCAUGAGAAGUGAGUUCUGUAGAAAAAUGCAAGAAAUUUCAGAGCUUGUUUUUUAAUCAGAGUAAAAAUAAUUUUAUUGUUUCAUAUCACAAUACUAUUUUGAAGUGGUAGAGAAUUAAAU